AUGCUGCUCCGGCCCCGGCGGCCGCCCCCGCUCGCGCCUACCGCGCCGCCGUCGCCGGCCAGCCCGGACCCCGAACUGCAGCCGGCCGGGGACGCCCCGAGGACCCCGCUCGGGCGGCCUGCCUCGCCUGACGCCCUGGAAGAGCCCGCGUUGCCAGUGUCCCCAGGCUCGGCUCAGCGCACGCCCUGGAGCGCCCGGGAGACGGAGCUACUGUUGGACACGCUGCUGCAGCCGACCGUGUGGCGUUCGCUGCUACUGGACCGCCGCCAGGCGCUGCCCACCUACCGCCGCGUGUCUGCCUCCUUGGCCCGCCAGCAGGUGCGGCGCACUCCCGCUCAGUGCCGUCGCCGCUACAAAUUUCUCAAGGAUAAGCUCCGCGAGGCGCAGGGACAGCCGCCCGGGCCCUUCGACGCCCGGAUCCGGCAGCUCAUGGGCCUACUUGGUGACACCGGGCGCAAACGGCCCCGCCGCCGCUCUCCUGGGCCCGGGCGCCCCCAGAGAGGCCGCCGCCCUGCGGCCAGUGCGCCCGCCCCCGCCCCAAGAGAGUCGGGUGCCAUGCCGCUGCCAGCCUCCCGUGAUCCCGACGCGGACCCCACCUGGACGCUCAGAUUUAGCCCAUCCCCGCCGAAGUCUACGGACGUCUCCCGCGCCCCCUCCUCCCCGCCAGCACCCACCCCGACGGUCCUCUCCACCUUUACCCCUGGGCCUGUCUGCCCCGAAGACCACGCGACUUUCCGCGUCCCCGCCUCCCCACCGCCGCCGCCUGCCCCCGACCCAGCCCAGGAAUACCCCGACUCGCCUCCCGGCGGUCCCGAAGACCGCGCGUCCCCCCAGGUUUCGCCAUCGCUGAAUGCAGCCCUGCUGCAGACCCUGGGGCACCUGGGCGACAUCGUGGCCGUCUUAGGCCCGCUGCGCGACCAGCUGCUCACCCUGAACCAGCACGUGGAGCAGCUGCGUGGCUCUUUCGACCAGACCGUGUCUCUCGCCGUGGGAUUCAUUCUAGGCAGCGCGGCCGCCGAGCGUGGGGUCCUCAGGGACCCGCGCGAGUGA